AAUAGUAUAAGCAGUUAAAUUAAUUAAUUUUAAUGAAGUCAUUGAAGUUAGCAGUUAAAUUAGAAUUUUACCUCGAGGGUAAUGUGACAAUUUUCAAUGCAAUUAAUUUUCAAUGCAAGUAUUUAUUUCUAUUAACAUGAUUAUAUAUUAGUAUUUUUUUAAGAAUUUAUAUAACUUAUUCAAGAUAGCAUUUAAAAAUUAUUGAAGUGUAUAACAUUUUUCAAUUUUUUUUCAUUUACAAUUUUUUAAUCUUAAAAAUAAAAUUUACUUUUUUUUGCUAUUUUUUUCAUUUUGACUAUACAUACAUAUAUAUAUAUAUAUAUAUAUACACACCUACAUAAAAAAUGUGCCCCUGAGGGGUCUGUUCCGUCGAACACCCUUGUUCGUGCUAGAUUUUGCGGGGUUAAAUGCUAAAGAAAUUAAGUAAACACAGUAAGGUAAAAGACAAGAAUUGGUGACGCGGAAAACCCUUGUGGGGUAAAAACCGCGGGAGGGUUGCUACCCUGCCAAAUGAAAUGUCACUAAGUUGAUAAUUUUGAGUACAAGAUUUGAGGUGUAGGGCUUAUCCUUUUCCUCUGAUUUACAUACGUUUAUAUAGCCCUAGAAACAACUAAUUACUCCCACUUUCACUCCAAGUCAGCUCCUGUUCCUAUUUAUCCGCUCUGGUUGGUUACAAGGCUUAUCUUCCCGUUUGACAUGGUCUUCUCUAAUUCAAAGCCAUCUUUAUCCGUUAGCGCAUCGACUUCUGAAUUUGACGUCCAUCGUGUCAAUCUCGACGCCUCGUGCCAUCUGCCUUUCACGUCCAUGUUGCUCCCGUCGUCACCCGUACUUUGUGUCCUAACAAUUAGCCCCAUGAUUUUGUUAAUAACUGAUAAUUUUAAUAAAAUCAUCAUUUCAAUUCCAAGAUACAAUGCCUCGAUUUUCGCGCGCACGCUUCUCCCCGCAGUCAUCUCUUGGCUUUUGAUCUCCUCACGCUUCCCCAGUACUCUCUUAUGUUGACCUCAUACUCCAAUUGUGACACAACUGCUUUUAACUUUCAAACUUUCUCUUCCGUAAAAGAAAAACCCUUUCCUUCCAACAAUGGCGAAAAAGGCUGCUCAAUCCAGUGCUUCCCGUAACGCCACCGCGAAACAUGCCAGCGACGUGGUUUCUCUCUGGACUCCGACCGAUCUUCUCGAGGCCGGGGACUCCAAAGAAACUCUGAUGACAGCUGCAAGACUCGAGGAGACUAUGCCCUUCCUUCCUGCUGGAACCCAGGCUGUGCUCCCUUCCCCAGAUGAGCGGGCCGACUGGUGUAGAAAGAAUUGGGUAUGUUUCUACUUUUAUCCCUUCGACAUUCAAUUGCACUUUCCUUUUCCCAAAUUGGUUAGGGACCUUGUGACUGACAUGCAUAUCUCCCCUGGGCAACUGAUGCCCUUCGCUUGGAGGAUCCUGGCAUGUCUUGACGCCAUCGAUACUAAGCAUAACUUGAAAAUAGACAUCGAAGUUGUUAAAUGCUGUUAUGGGUUUAAGAGGUUUUAUGGAUGUCGAUUUGGUUUCACAACUAAGAGAGCCUUGAUUCUGAAUGUUGAGGGCGUGAACGACAGAAAUUGGAAAGAUGACUACUUUUUCACCGACAAGACCACAAUGGGCGAUGGAACUGGCUUCUUGUUAGAUCGCUGGACGCCAAGGGUAUGUUUCGAACAUUCUCCUUCUCUGUGUUUAUUCAUUUGUACAUGUAUCCUGCUUAUGUUGCUUAUUACGAUCUUGUCAUUCGUACACUUUUGUUUUAUGGCUUUUAAAUCCAUAUCCAUGUUUUUCAUGCUAGAACGUUCCACCCCUUUUGAUAACAAGAAUGAGACUGCAAAGGAGAUUGUUGAGAAGAUCAUGUCUCUUCCGGUUGGAGACAGGAUUUGGCCCAACUGCUUGGGACGCCCAAUCCGCAAUUCCAGUCCUGUAGAUGUUGAUGAGUUCAUUAGAAAGAUGGAAGCCGAUGAGCGUGCCUUAGGAAAGCAGGCUUCCAAGACCGUUGCUGCCAGGACGCGUAGUAGGGCUGUUGCUGUCGCUAGCAGGAUGUCGUCCACCCCUCAGACCGUCUCUUCUGACUCUCUAGAAAGUCCUAAGACCGAGAAGGGUCUUGAAGCAAGUUCUAGUCGCCUCUUUGCAAAAGGUACAUCAUGCUUCCUACGGUUAAUAAAAUGGAGUACUGUAUGUAUGUUCAUGUUGUUUUUCCUAUUGCUCCUAUCUCCUUCUCCUCAUGUGCUUGUAGAAUUUAAGUUGUCUGGAAUCAAGCCCCCAAGUAUUUCUACUAAAGAUAUGUUUGUCAAACGUGCCCGUGAUGAGAAAUCAAUUGGUACAAGUUCUUCGAAAGCCCCUGCCCUGCUUAGCCCCAGUCUUAGCCCUGAGGCUAAGAAAAUGAAAGUUGCUACCCCUUCUGCUGCGACCAACACCUGAUCCUCCGUUGGUGACUUAUGGUUACAAUGCUCAUGCCAAGCCCCUUGAAUUUGCUCAGUACCUUGAUGAUUUGUUGUUGCCUCAAUAUAUUGAGUCCUCCAACGGGAAGAGUCCCAUAGUGCUUUCAAGUGAGGCCACUGGUUACGCGUUCCAUGAAUCAUCAGAGUUUAAUCUGGAAGCUGAUCAGAGUUUAGUAAAGUCUGACAGAGUUUAGUAAAGUCUGACAGAGUUUGAUAAAGACUGAUCAGAGUUUACAUAGUCAAGACUCGUCAGAGUUUACACGUGGAAAGAGCUCAGAAGCGGAUAUAAUUCAAGGAAGGAUAGAAGCGGAGAAGUGAUUUGCUGACUAUGGAAACCAAACAGAAAACAGUAGCAAUCUUUGAUUGAUAGAUUUAUUAGCUGAUUUAUAGGAUAUCAAAUCAGAGAUUGAUUUUGUAACUGUGUCUAUAUAAACACAGAUUAGGGUUACUCUAUAUGAGUUGAGUUAUCGAGUACAUUGUUAAGAACCCUAGCAGCUCUUAGUGAUACAAUAUAAAUCACUGAGAGAGUUUUUGUAACCAUAAAAGCUUUGUGAAUAUAAGAGUUUAUUGAUUCCAAUUUCUCAUAUUGUCUUACCGUGUUACAGAUUGUGAUCACUAUAUCAUAUUAUAUAGUGAGUUUAUAGGACCUAACAAGUGGUAUCAGAGCCAGCUCUGUUAAGAUUACUACAGUGAGAUCUUAAUCACAAUCAUGUCUGAAAAAUCACAAGCUUCAUCCUUUAGAGUUCCAAUCCUUAAGGCAUCUGAAUAUCCAGUCUGGAAAGAGAGAAUGAUAAUAUUCUUAGACUCUGUUGAUCCAGAAUACCUUGACAGGAUCUUUGAUGGACCACAUAU